AUGUCUAAAAUCUCUACACCAGAGUUAAAGAAGAAGUAUAUGGAUAAGAAAGUUUUUUUGAUGUUAAAUGGUUCACGCAAAGUAAUCGGUGUUCUUAGAGGAUAUGAUGUUUUCUUAAAUAUUGUCUUAGAUGAAGCAUUUGAAGAGAAAGAAGGAGGGGAAAAGUGUGCGAUUGGAACAGUUGUUAUUCGAGGGAACUCAGUAGUAAUGGUUGAAGCAUUAGAGAGAAUCUAA